AUGACGGAGAACCUCCACGGUAAUGUUAAGACGAAUAACGUCUCCAAGACGCGUGAAAACUGCGCAACAAGACCCACCUACAAAGGAAGGAGGCUGCAUUUGAAGACCGUGGUCAUGGAGUUUUAUAUAUAUGAUCUAGCGACUGCAGCCACGAUAGUUACAGCAAGAGCCGGUGAGGGCGCUGCCUGCCUACUCUUCACAAGUGAUUGUCCACAGAAAUGCACGCACACAACAGGGUCCACGACUCCAGAUAUCUGGAAAAUAACCAUUCUGUCUCGACACUGCGCUCGACACUACUCGGGGUCCUGCCUGAAGUUGGACGUGCUUCGGAUCGUGAACUCUCUUCACAACAACUCCUACCAGAUUCUGCCGGGAGUCUCGCUCAAGUUCGGUAGGGCCAAGGGUGGCGGUGGAGGUGCGGGCGGCAAGGGCCAGGUGCCGCUGGAAGUGGUGCGCUCCAUCGCCCAGGAGAACGAAACGGCCGAGUUCGACAAAUACUUCUACGAGAAGAUCAAAUCGCAGCUCAAUUCCGCCUCCAUCCACUUCCGUCUCUUCGACGACAACCCUGCCACCGGCAAGACUCUCGAUACCUCCAUCUGGUCGGAUUUGUACAAAACAAUCAGAGGUCGGAAGAAGAACCAAGGGAUGAAGAACGCGCUGAAGAACGCCGGGAUGGUGGCCGGCUCGACGCUCCUGGUGAUGAGCAUGAAGACGAUCAUGGCGUUCUCGGUGAAGGCCUUCAUGGCGGCCAUGCUGUCGCUGCUCAUCUCGGCGCUGCAGAUGCGGAAGGGCCACGGGCACGGGGCCGGCUACACCCACGGGAGCACCACCUACGAGAUCAUCGCCAAGCCGAUGAUCUCGCACACGUCCAGCAUCGCCGUGGAGCCGCACCACGUGGAGGCCGUCUCGGAGGCCCAGGCCGGCGGCGACCACUACCGGCGCAGCCAGUACUUCGACGCCCUCGACUACGAGCCCCAGUACGGCGUCCCGCGCCCUGUCCCCAUCCCCGUCUCCCACUACUCCGCCGCCCACGGACACCCCGGCUCCGGCGUCGUCUACCAUGCUCAAGUCAACACCAUCAACUAGCACGCCUCGUAUUGCAGUAGGUCAGUAUGCGCAAUCUCGGAAUCUCUCAGAGACAACCAAAAACUACAGAAUAUCUUCUUAGGGAGAGUGUGGCCACUGGGCCCUAUGGAGAGGCUUAGGGCCCAAAAAUGGCGGCGCUUUGCUUUGGUUUCUGAGAUGGUGACCUCGUGAUCAUCAACCACACUUGCUGCCAACCUAACAACAUCUUAGAUUAUUUUCCUCGAAAAUUGCACAUGAUUAGCCGUAAAAUUGUGUAAGUACGUCGUAAUAAUGCAUUCAAGUAAAUUUCUUGCUGCGAUGUGCAAAAAAACUACAUUUUGAGUCAUUUUGUACUUACAUAUACUUACAGCUUUCACCAUUUUUGGGCCCUAUAGGACUCUAUUCAGCCUAACAUGGCUGAGCCAAUCAGGGGUGGUAACCGAAGUGGCCAUACUCUCCCCAUAAAGGUAUUCUACCAAAAACCGGAGACAAGAAGCGAUCCUUCAUUGGUAUUUUAAUAACUGUUGAAGUUUUUACUUUCGAGACUCCAGCAUUCAAGUGUUGAUCGGUGUCCCUACGCUUGUGGGUCCGUACUAUGCGGACUUUCCCUAUACCAGCAUGGACACUGGACAGUGUAUGGAACAAAAGCAUAAAGGGAGGCUUCAAGUGACCAGUUGAGUUAUCUAAUCCAGAAUCAGCUUCCCACUCCCUCCUCCGUCUAGCUGUUUGUGGGUCAGACUUGAUUAAUUUAUAAUUACCUCAUAAAACUAUAUACCAGUUGUGACUUUGAACAUGAGGACUUAAAUCAUUAAUUUCUCUCAUUUACUCUCAUAUUUUUGAUGUGCAUUUGUAUCUAGGUAUAAAUAUAUUGUUACUUUAAUAUUUAUGUUACACUAAUCAAAGUACUGAUAGUUUUAAGUAAUGUUACGACUAAAAUGGAUAUAAGUUGUACAUUUA